AUGACCUGUGGUGUGCCUUGUCAGCUCAUGGAGCUGACCAAGGAAUGGACAGCUCCGGACUGUGAUCUAUUUGCAAGUGACUGCACCAAAGACCCUGGACCAUUGCCAGACGCUUAUGUUGAAGUGCCACCUGAUGACCCGAAUGGUGUGACGACAUAUGGAUGUGCAGCAGGCUUCGCAGGUAAUGCUGUGGCACGUUGUGUGCCAGAUGAUGUUUGCCAAAGCACCUUGCAAUAUUUUGGCUGUGAGAAGACGGCUGCGUGUGCAGCUCCAAUCGAGCUGAUUGGCUGUGAAUUGGACGUGACAGGAUGUUCGGAUGUACAACCCGGUGGCUCGUGUGAGGUGAAAUGCCGCGAUCCAUACGCUGGAUGGCCGAGCUGGGCUUUGUGUAAGCCUGACAAUGUGAAUUCUGAGAUCGGUCUCCUGGUGGUGAAACCAGAAUGUACCUUGCUGUGCGAUGAUCCUCCGAAUGAGCCUGAAGGUUACAUCAAAGUCUCCGGAGGCAACGGUUGGGCUUGCGCUCCUGGAUAUGGCGGUGAGGCUGACUGGACUUGCGUUAUUGACUCUGUUUGCGCUUCCAAGAAGGUUCUUUCGGGUUGCUCACAGUUGGCUCGCUGUAUCCUGCCAGUGGAGAACUCUUGCAUGUACGACUUCACGGAAUGCAUUGGAGAGUCAGCUGCCCCGGGAAGUUCUUGCAAGGUCCACUGCAAAAGGCCGUACCAAGGCAAUUCCACAAGCGCAAGCUGUCCUUUGGGCAACACGGAUCCGCUUCGUGAACUUGAUUGGGAAGCACCUGUGUGUACUCUAUUUUGUGCCGAAGUUGCCAAUGUGCCGGUUGGGUAUCUAUCCCAUCCAUAUCUUCGAGUUUAUGGUGGUUGGCAAUGUGCCUCUGGCUAUGCUGGAGUUCCAAUGAUCACGUGUGGAACCGAUCUGAAUUGUAAUCCACAGCUUCAAUUUGCAGGCUGUAGUGCUUUGCUUCCUUGUGAUCCUCCCACACUUACUGCUGGUGAGCAAUGCUCUUACCAGCAUGCGUGUAUUUCAGUCCGCUCAGGGGAUUCUUGCGAGGUGACCUGUCGUCCGCCAUACGUGGGAGGCAUUGCAACCGCAACAUGUCCUCCAAACAACACGCUUUUAGGACAGAAGCUGAAUUGGGCAGUCCCGGAUUGCAACCUAGAAUGCCCCAUGCCCAAUCCGCUUCCUGCGGGCUAUCUUUCAAAUGGUUUGGGCCCUGAUGGGAAGCAGGCUUGGAUUUGUGCUCCUCGAUGGAAAGCAAAUCCAGAGGCCAAGGCAGAAUGCAACAUUCAUGAUGGUGACUGUGUUGCUGCAUAUACCUUUUCGGGCUGUGUCCCGGAACGCGAGUGCGCCGUCCCACAUGAUGCACCAUGCUCGGUAGAUUGGUCACAGUGUCACAACGAUCCAGUGGAUCCGCCCGGGUACGUGAAGACUCGCUUCAUGUGUGCGACCAACUAUUCUGGAAGCCCCUCAUCGCGCUGUGCGGCGGACUUCUUGGAUCAAUGUAAUCCCACGUAUUCCUUCUCAGGCUGCAACUUGCGAGUGCCCUGCGCACCACCAAGAGACCAGCUUUGCAUGUUCGAUUUCUCAGAGUGUCAGUCAGUUCCACCAGGUGGAAAUUGCACCAUUCGUUGUGGCUCCGAUUACCUGGGCAGAUCGACUAUCGCAUAUUGCCCAUCUGACAACACAGAUCCCAACGGCGAGCUCGUCUAUUUGGAGCCAAUCUGUAGCUUGAAGCCGUGUGAGAUGAACGUGCCGGCGGGCUACAUUGAGACGCCUUGUGGAUGGGUCUGUGAUGAGGGCUACAUUGGGGAGGUCAGCUGGUACUGUGCUGCCGUUGGAAGUGCUCCAGGUCAAUGUAGAUCGGAACUGGUUAUCAGUGGCUGCACUCUGACAGUCGAGUGUGCACCACUCUUUGUCAAUGACACUUGCCGAACCAACGCUUCUCAAUGUAUGUCUUUACAGCCUGGACAAGGCUGCAACGUGACAUGUGCGGAGCCCUAUACUGGAGGCCAGGGAGAGAACGCUACAUGGGCAUACUGCCCUGGUAGCACUACCAGGACAGGUCAACAGCCUGUUUGGGGCACUCUGCUUGGGGAGUGGGCCAUUGACUGUGAUGUUGAAUGUGCUUUGCCAGAUCCUAUUCCGGUGGGAUAUGUGCUGAGCAAUGGCAGGUGGCUUUGCGAUGUGAACAAUCAGUAUAGUGGAGCUGCACUCGCGGAGUGCAUUGUCAACGAUACAAACUGCGAGCCUGAGUACGUAUUGUCAGGCUGCUUCCCAACGACACCUUGUGAUUUUCCGAGCAUCGAUUCUUGCCAGCAUGACGUGUCAGCCUGCCCAAGUGACGGAAAACUCCUUUCAGGAACAUCAUGUGAAGUGAAGUGCCUUUCACCUUACAUGACUCCACUAGGUGAGCCACAUGGCACCAUGGAAUGUCGAGAUCCCAACAUUGACCCCCUAGGGGCUGUGUGGACACCGCCUAGUUGUAUUCUUGGCUGCUCAGAGCCUUCAUCACAGACUGGUUACCGAAACGUCUUCGGAGAAUGGCAAUGUGCACCAGGUUAUCGUGGACCUGGUGCCAUUUGGUCCGAGUGCGUGGUGGACGAGACUUCUUGUGUGGCCUUUCCGCGCCUCUUUGGUUGUGAGCCCUAUGUUCCAUGCUUGGCGCCAUCUCUGACACCAGAGCAGCAGUGCAUGAUAGACCUUGAAAAUGGCUUUUGCAAUGGUGUUGACCCAGGAGAGGUCUGCACUGUCUAUUGCAAAACCCCAUAUGCUGGAGACAAACUUGGUGCUGGCUGUCCAGCUGACAACAUUGAUCCAGCAAAAGUCAUCAAUUGGCUGGCUCCUGUUUGUCACUGUCCUGUGCCCAUCCCUCUUCCAGAAGGUUAUUGGUACCUCGCGUGGAGCACUUAUGCAUGUGCACCGGGCUAUUAUGGGCAAGCCAGCUAUCGCUGCGAGAUCGAUCUGGUAACCUGCCUUCCCAACGUGAUUUUGACCGGCUGCUAUCCAUUGUCCCCUUGCGACCGACCGCAAGUGGACGAUUACGAGUUGUGCAAGCUGGACUUCACGGAAUGUCAAGGGCCUAUCCAACCAGGUGAGUCAUGUAACGUGACUUGCAAAGAAGGUUUUAAUGCCAACACCACCUAUGCAGAGUGUCCUGCUGACAACACCGUUGCAAACUUUGCACCAGACCUGGAUCUUUAUUGCGGUGAGUACACUUGUCUCUCUGCUGAUGAUUGGGCGGCUGAAAACCCCUUGCCGAGGGGCUAUGAUGUGGGCACUUGGCGAUGUGCUGACGGCUUUCGCGGCUCAGUCUCUGUUUCAUGUGCACAAUCUGAUGAAUGUGGUGGUACCUUGCAGUUAUUUGGUUGCGUUCCAUUGAUGCCAUGUUCCACUCCCAGGCUUCAAGGGCGAGAUUUGUGCAGGUACAAUUUCUCAGAAUGCGAGGACACCUUUUCUGGCGGCUUCUGUGAAUUCCAUUGUGUCCCGCCCUUUUCAGGUCGCCCAGGCCGAGCAUUUUGCAAGCCAGACAAUGUAGAUCCCCAUACAGAACUAGAAUUUAUCCCGCCAGACUGCAGCCUACAGUGUCCAGAUCCCAAUCCGGUUCCACCAGGCUAUGUAAAAAUAGAGAAUUGUGGAUGGCAAUGUGCCCCAGGCUAUGAUGGGAGACCCCAAGAACACUGCGAUGUAGAUGAUGAUUGCAACCCGCAGUUGACUCUCAGCGGUUGUGCCCGUGAAGAGAAGUGUAUUUUACCUCCGAGCGAGAUGUUUGACCCGUGCCGCUUUGAUUUCUCUGGCUGCGGUGCCGAGACUCCUCCGGGUUCAUCAUGCGAGGUGAAGUGCAAAGCUCCUUUCUCAGGGCAAAACUUCUUGGCCACCUGCCCACAAGGCAACACCAUCCCGAGACAUCCUUUGACCUGGAACAACGAAAGCUGCACUUUGGCAUGCCCCAUGCCUGAGCCAGUCCCGUUGGGAUUUGCACUCAGACAAGACUUGGAACCACCAGAUUCCGGCUGGAUUUGCUCUCAGGGCUACGUAGGACAAGCAGAGGCAACUUGUAUGCAAAGCCCGGGCUGUGGAGCACCUAUUUUGAGAUUAAGCGGCUGCGAUGAAAAUGUGCCUUGCAAAAAUCCUGCCGGGCACAAUCAAUGCGAGUUUGAAUCCUUUUGUGGUCCAACAAUAGCACCGGGAGCCAGCUGCGAGACUCGAUGCAAGUUCCCAUAUGAAGGUAACUCUUCCAUGGCAAGUUGCCCAAAUCCAAACACGCAGAGAGAUGGACCAGCCGACUGGGAAGCGCCUGACUGCAACUUGAUGUGUCCACAAAUCGCACCCCACAUUCUGCACCCCAACUAUACGCUUGGUGAGCAAGGAGUUGUUGAGGAUGUUGUUUGUGCAGAAGGAGCAGUAGGAGCUGCUGCAGUGGAAUGCCGCAUCAACACUACAACUUGUGAAGCAUUUUGGCAUUUCUGGGGCUGCUUGAUGUUGCAGCCGUGUAUCUUGCCAGUUGUGCAUCAAUGUAGAACUGAUGUGGGAAAUUGUAGCAGAGUGUACCCAGGUGAGUUUUGCAUCAUGUCAUGCCAGGAAGGAUAUUCGGGGGGGAGAUGUCGUUGGUAG